GGCGGUGGGAGGCCACACCCCGCGCGGGCCCGCGUAUUUCCUCGGGAGCCCGCGGCCGCCGCGCAGACAGCGCCGAGAUGCGGGGCCCCAGGCUUGUGACCGCCGCCCGCCUUUUCUGCGUGUGGAGCGCGGCGCUGGCCGCCGUCCCCGGGCCCAGGUUUCUGGUGACAGUCCCUGGGAUCAUCCGGCCAGGAGGAAAUGUGACCAUUGGGGUGGAGCUUCUGGAACACAGUCCCUCACAGGUCACCGUGAAGGCAGAGCUGAUGAAGACGGUGGCGAACCGCUCCGUCUCUGUCCUGGAGGCAGAAGGAAUCUUUGAAAAAGGGUCUUUCAAGACACUUAUUCUUCCAUCACUACCUCUGAACAGUGCCGAUGAGAUGUAUGAGCUCCGUGUCACCGGACGUGCCCAGGAUGAGAUUUUAUUCUCGAAUAGUACGCGCUUAUCAUUUGAGACCAAGAGAAUGACUGUCUUCAUUCAAACAGACAAGCCCCUAUAUAAACCAAAGCAGGAAGUGAAGUUUCGUGUUGUUACACUCUUCUCUGAUUUUAAGCCUUACAAAACCUUUUUAAACAUUCUAAUUAAGGAUCCGAAGUCAAAUUUGAUCCAACAGUGGUUAUCAGAAAAAAGUGAUCUUGGAGUUGUUUCUAAAACUUUCCAGUUAUCUUCCCAUCCAAUACUUGGUGACUGGUCCAUCCAAGUUCAAGUGAAUGACCAGACAUAUUAUCAGUCAUUUCAGGUUUCAGAAUAUGUAUUACCAAAGUUUGAAGUUGCUUUGCAGACACCAUUAUAUUGUUCUUUAAAUUCUAAGAGUUUAAAUGGUACUGUCACCGCAAAGUAUACAUAUGGGAAGCCUGUGAAAGGAGACCUAACACUUACAUUUUUACCUUUAUCCUUCUGGGGUGUGAAGAAAAAUAUUACAAAAACAUUGAAGAUAAAUGGAUCUGCAAACUUCUCUUUUAAUGAUGAAGAGAUGAAAAAGGUAAUGGAGUUUUCGGAUGGACCUUCUGAACACAUGUACCUGUCUUCUCCUGGGCCAGUAGAAAUCUUAGCCACAGUGACAGAAUCACUUACAGGUAUCUCAAGAAAUGCAAGCUCCAAUGUAUUUUUCAAGCAGCACGAUUACAUCAUUGAAUUUUUUGACUAUGCUACUGUCUUGAAGCCAUCUCUCAACUUCACAGCCACUGUAAAGGUAACCCGUUCUGAUGGUCAUCAGCUGACUCCUGAAGAAAGAAGAAAUAAUGUAGUCUUAAUGGUGACUCAGAGAAACUAUACUGAGUACUGGAGCAGAUGGGACACUCGAAAUCAGGAUGUAGGGGCUGUCCAGAUCAUAAAUCAUACUGUCCCCGCAAAUGGAAUCUUCAAGAUCGAAUUUCCAAUCCUGGAUGAUUCCAGCGAGCUACAAGUGAAGGCUUCUUUUCUCGAUAGUAUAAGUAACAUGGCAGUUCAUGGUAUGUUUAAGUCUCCUAGUAAAACCUACAUCCAGCUGAAAGCAAAAGAUGAGAAUAUAAAGGUGGGAUCACCAUUUGAGUUGGUGGUUAUUGGCAACAAGCAGUUGAAGGAGUUAAGUUACAUGGUUGUGUCCAGGGGACAGUUGGUGGCUGUAGGCAAGCAAAAUUCAACAACCUUUUCCUUAACACCAGAAAAUUCUUGGGCCCCAAAAGCCUGUAUCAUUGUGUAUUAUAUUGAAGAUGAUGGGGAAAUUAUAAAUGAUGUUCUGAAAAUUCCUGUUCAGCUUGUUUUUAAAAAUAAGAUACAGCUAUUUUGGAGUAAAGCCAAUGCUGAACCAUCUGAGAAAGUCUCUCUCAGGAUCUCUGUGACACGGCCAGACUCAAUAGUUGGUAUCGUAGCUGUCGACAAGAGUGUGAACCUGAUGAAUGUCUCAAAUGAUAUUACAAUGGAAAAUGUGGUCCAUGAAUUGGAACUUUAUAACACAGGAUAUUAUUUAGGCAUGUUCAUGAAUUCUUUUGCAGUCUUUCAGGAGUGUGGCCUCUGGGUAUUGACGGAUGCAAACCUUGUGAAGGAUUACAUUGACGGUGUUUAUGACAGCGUAGAGUUGGCUGAGAGGUUUGUGGACGAAAAUGAAAGCUACUUGGUAGAUCUUCAUGACUUUUCUCUGGGUAGCAGUCCACGUGUGCGAAAGCAUUUUCCGGAGACUUGGAUAUGGCUAGACACCAACAUGGGUUCCAGGAUUUACCAAGAAUUUGAAGUUACUGUGCCUGAUUCUAUCACUUCUUGGGUUGCAACUGCUUUUGUGAUCUCUGAGGAUUUAGGUCUUGGACUAACAACUGCUCCAGUGGAGCUCCAAGCCUUCCAACCAUUUUUCAUUUUUUUGAAUCUUCCAUACUCUGUCAUCAGAGGUGAAGAAUUUGCUUUGGAAGUAACCAUAUUCAAUUAUUUGAAAGAUGCCACUGAGGUUAAGGUAAUCAUUGAGAAAAGUGGUGCAUUUGAUAUUCUAAUGGCUUCGAAUGAAAUAAAUGCCACGGGACACCAGCAGACCAUUCUGGUUCCCAGUGAGGAUGGGGCAACUGUUCUUUUCCCCAUCAGGCCAACACGUCUGGGGGAAGUGCCCAUCACGGUCACAGCUGUUUCACCUACUGCUUCUGAUGCUGUCACCCAGAGGAUUUUAGUGAAGGCUGAAGGAAUAGAAAAAUCAUAUUCACAAUCCAUCUUGCUAGAUUUGACGGACAGCAUGCUCCAAACUACCCUGAAAACACUGAGUUUCUCCUUUCCUCCUCACACAGUGAGUGGCAGUGAGAGGGUUCAGAUCACUGCAAUCGGAGAUAUUCUUGGUUCGUCUAUCAAUGGCCUAGCCUCCCUGAUUCGGAUGCCUUAUGGCUGUGGUGAACAGAACAUGAUAAAUUUUGCUCCAAAUAUUUAUGUUUUGGAUUACCUGACUAAAAAGAAACAACUGACCGAGAAUAUAAAAGAAAAAGCCCUUUCUUUUAUGAGGCAAGGUUACCAGAGAGAACUGCUCUAUCAGAGGGAAGAUGGCUCUUUCAGUGCUUUUGGGAACGAUGACCCUUCUGGAAGCACUUGGUAA